UUAUCCUCCAGAUAGCAAACCUUAUAGUUGAGUGAAAGAAUUCAAACCGUUAUUUAUCUUUAUCCGGAUGAUAGAUAUACGGGAGUAUGAAAAAAUUGAGCAUUAGUCCAGACUUCCAGUCCAUUUUUAUUGUAAAUGUUGCCCGGUGUACGCGCAAUUCUACAAGAAACUUUACAAUCUUCGUAACAAUUGUUCGACAUAAUUAAAACGACAUGGAGGAAAACACCGAAAGGGGGAUCAUUACUCGUAUUUAUUUGGAAAAUUUCGUUACGUACACAAGAGUCGUGGUAAGGCCAGGUAGACACUUGAACGUAAUUAUUGGACCAAAUGGCACUGGGAAAUCGACAAUAGUUUGUGCUAUAGUCCUUGGCUUAGGAGGAAAGCCAAAGGUAAUUGGGCGGGCUCUUCAUAUUGGAGAGUACGUUCGAGCUGGCUGCGAUAAAGCAAAAAUUGAAAUUGAACUUAAAGAUUACGGGGACAAGCGUACUGUUGUAACUAGAAUAUUUAGUAUUCAAAAUCAAACCACUUGGAUGGUGAAUGGGAAGCAGGCAAAUUUAACGGAAGUAAUGGAAACCAUAAAGGCAUUCAAUAUUCAAGUAGAUAAUCUGUGUCAGUUUUUGCCACAAGACAGAGUUCAAGAUUUCGCAAAGAUGAAUGCGCAGGAGCUUUUAGAAAAUACGGAACGAUCCGUUGGCAAUCCUAAUUUAAUAGGGUAUCACAUGAAAUUGAAAGACUAUCGAACGGCAUACAAAGAUUUAGAAAAGGAAAUAGGUAUAAAAAAAGAACUGCUGAAUGCACGGAUACAAAGGCACAAUGAAUUGAAAGAAGUUGUGGGCAUUAUCAAGGAAAAGAAAAGGAUAAGGAAUAAAAUUACAUCUUUAAAGCAGAAGAAAGCGUGGAUAUUGUAUGACUCAAAAAGGAAAGAAUUAGUGGAGGCAAAGAAGAACAGAGAUGCUGCUGCACAGGAAAUGAGACAGCUUGAUUUACAACUGAAGCCAAUGAAUGAUGCUAUUAUAGCACUAGCAUCCAAACUGAAAACCAUUCAAAAUACUGUUAAUGAACAUGACAGUCGGUUUUCUUUAAAAAUGGCAAAGAUAAAUAAGCUAAAGGAAACUAAUAUUACCUACGAGAGAGACAUUAAAGAGAUCGAACGAACCCGUGAUUAUAACAUCGAAGCAGAAGAAAAUCGUGACAGAGAGAUUGCUUUAGUGGAACAGCAAAGAGACGCCUAUCGUGAUGAGCUAAGGGCUGUGCUUUCCCAAAUAACAGAAUCUGAUUUACGCAAGGAGCAAAAAUAUCAUAUAGCAAAAACUGAAGAAAGAAAAAAUAUUUUAAAUAACUUGGGCAGCCAGCGUACAUCUUUCAAACAACAAGAUACAAGUUUGCAACAUGAAAUGAUAGCUCAACAAGAGUCUUUAAAUGCUGUUAAGGACGUUGAAACAAAGAGAAUGGAACUUCUGAAACGAGUGAGCAAAGACGCUUACACGGCAGUUUUAUGGCUACGACAAAAUCGGGAUAAAUUCUCUGCGACGAUUCAUGAGCCAAUGAUACUUACGUUAUCUGUAAGAAGCGUCAAUUUCGCAAAAUAUCUAGAAAAUACAAUAGCCAAGAGAGAUUUGAUAGCGUUUGUAUGUGAAGACAAGAAAGAUAUGAAUUUAUUUCUGAGUCUGUUAAGAGGUAAAGAGAGGCUGCAAGUGAAUGCACUACACAUGGACCCUGAUAAAUCGGUACAGAUGCAGCCGAAAGUUCCCAUAGAAAAUAUCAGACAGUUCGGCUUCGAAUAUUACUUGAGCUCAUUGAUCGAUGCUCAUCCAACGAUCAUGAAGUACUUAGUGUCAAUGUACAACCUCAGUAACAUCCCAAUUGGUAGCGACUUAAUUGAUGAAAAUGUGGAUUCUGUGUCAAAGAGCUUCAGACUCUUCUUUAGCCGAAACACGGCCUACGCGGUAAAAGUAUCAAAAUAUUCCGGGGCAACGUCCACUACUAUAUCCUCGAUAACGGGUAAUGGAACGUUAUCUAUUACACUUGACACGAACAAAAUGGAUGGAAUUAAAGAAAGAUUGAGAGCGAUAGCUGAAAGGAAAACAGUUAUUACAAAGAACUUAAAGGAAAUAGAAGAGAAGAUUGAAAACGCGAAUAAACAACUUCAGGAACAACGGGACUUACGUGCUCAAUGUCAAAAUAAAAUUCAAAACAUCGAAGCAUUGAAGUCUAGGAUAAACGUAGCGGACAUUAAAAUCCAGACUCUUCAACGUGAACGAACAACUAUCGAAGAGAUCCGAAAGAAGCACAAGAUAGAGAUUCAAAAUGUCAUAAGAAAGCAAUUCAAAUCCUAUGCGAUGUACAGUGCUCUUUUUGCUGAAUGCCUCGAUAACAUAGCAGACACCGACCAAAAGAAAUUAGAACUAAAAGUGCUGAAACAAGUGCUGAGGGCUAAAGAGGAAGGUUCUCAUGAGUUGCGAGAGAAAUGUGCAGCUGCGGAAAGAACCUUCAAAGCACUCGACGAAGAACUGUCCCCCUUGAAGGAAGACACGAAAAGAAUGUACAAAGAGGCACUUGAAAGUACCAAUGGGCUAAAUCCUCAGGACAAAAAGUUUGAGUCAAUUAAUAGGGCUUUUUUGAAACUACCAGCUUCUAUAAGCGAAAUUAACGAAGAGAUUAAAGUUGCUCAAGCGAAGGUUUUCUGUUUGGAGCGAAAUGCUGACAACGAUGCAGAAAAUACGUUACAUGAAUUUGAAAAAGUUCAAGAGGAUAUUGAUACUCUAACUGAAUGGACAAAAUCAAAGACCAUGGAAAUCAACUCGUUGGGGAAUAAAAUUGAGACUUUACGUGACAAAUGGUUACCGGAGUUGACGAGUCUCAUUGAAAGGAUAAAUGGGAAUUUUAGUUCAUUUUUCCUUGCCAUGAAGUGCGCGGGCGAGAUAGCGCUCGUUCACGGAGAGAAUCCGUUGGAUUUCAGUGAAUACGGUUUAAAAAUCAGAGUAAAGUUUCGAGAAGUGGAUAAUCUUCAAGAAUUAACGAAACACCAUCAAAGUGGAGGCGAAAGAGCGGUUACUACUGCACUUUACAUGAUCUCAUUACAAGAACUCUCUAAAGUUCCAUUUCGUUGUGUCGAUGAAAUAAAUCAGGGAAUGGAUGCCGUUAAUGAAAGAAGAGUGUUCGACUUAAUAAUGAAAAUCACCAACCAGUCAAAUGGUUCCCAAUAUUUUUUGCUCACUCCAAAACUGCUAUCUAAUUUAAAGUACAGCGAAAAGGUGACGGUCCAUUGUGUGUUUAAUGGACCGUUCAUGCCUGAUCAUCAUUUUGACACGGAAGAAUGUUGCGAACGACUUCAUAGGGAUUCAGAUUAAUGAAUCAAACCUGUGCAACGAUUUCAAAACGGUGCUGAGAACGUAUGGCAUCGUUCCCUUAUUUCUUCCCUUUCUUCUUCUUCUUUUGAGCGUCUGGCCAGGGGAAGCCACGACAAGAGAGCACAUCCAUGAUGUUAUGACAAAGAUAAUAAG